CUUAUUAAAUAGAUCUUGUGAGACUGCUAUGAAAUGCCAAUACGAAAAGGUCAUGUAGCACCCCAGAACACGUUUGUGAAUUACAUCAUCAGAAAAUUUGAAACUCUAGGCCGGAAAUUCAUAAUAGCAAACGCCAGGACUUCAAAUUGUGCAAUCAUUUACGCAAACGAUGGCUUUUGCAACCUCACUGGGUUCACUAGAUCUGACAUCAUGCAGAAGUCCUGCUGGUGCGAUUUCCUCUACGGCAGACGAACUUCACCUGUGGCCACCGCCGAGAUGAAGACCUGCCUUGUCACUAAGCUGGAGGUCAACUGCGAGGUCAUUCUCUAUCGCCAAAAUAAAACGCAUUUCCUGUGUCAAGUUCUGAUUGUCCCAGUGAAAAAUGAGAACGAAGAAGUGGUUAUGCUUGUACUUGCCUUCGAAGAACUGGGACCCGAUAACCCAGUGGAACCCCAACGCAAAUUCUCGGUGUUCCAAAACCGAACCUCUCGGCUCUUAUCACUGCCGAUGUCCAACAUAUCUCAAAUACAAAGCAAACUGCCGAACAUGCGAACCACACGUAACAACAACUGGGCUAACAAGCGGUCCAAUUCAGUCGUACAUGCCCCUGCUAUCGAUCACAGUCAUCAGAUGGGUUCUUCAAGAAUGUACCCGCCAUCCAACGUCAUAACAGAAACUUCAAUCUCAGUCACAAAUGCUGACAGCGACGAGGAUAAAAAAGCGAACAGCUCGGAGGAAGUUUCACAUGUGGAGUCGGUGAAGCUCAGACCACUUCUAGAUGGGAACAGAAGCGUCACCACUCCGAGUUUUGAAACUGGGAAGUGGUCGCCGGACGAACGAAUGAACGUGGAGGACAGCAAUCACAAAACAGGAAAGACUAUUUCGAGCCAACAUGGGAACGAAGACUCGUUGAACAGGAGCUCGCCGGUGUCGGGGGGACCCUCGAAUAGUCGUUGUGUGAACUCGGAUCAGGAGCCUGUGAUAGAUCAAAUGAGGAGCCGUAGCAAGACGUUGCCUGUGCCUACGAGACACCCCGUGCGCAAGAUGGAAACUGCGGGGGGAGAUUGUUCAUCAACAGACGCAAUUGAAUCGGCCAUGGAGGACAACACUUCGCAUCACUUGUCAGCUGGAAAAGGAAAGAAACGACGAAGGUCUUUUGUCAACCUAAUACCCCAAACUCUACCUCUGCCCAAAUCGGACUUUCUCACUCGUGCAGUAUCGCAGCUGUCUAUUGGCAAGCACAGCAAAGCACCCAGUCUAAGCGACGUCUCAAAUAUUACAGUCAGAUCAUUACGACGAGGAUCAUCUGCGAAACUUCCGCUACUCGGUCAAAAACAAAUUUGCGCAGCAUAA